AUGGGGAAGCAGGACGUUUUGGCACCGCCGUUUUGGCGCGACCGUUUUGGCGCGGCCAUUUUGGCGCGAGCCGUUUGGGCGCUGGAACGUUUGGACGCGAGGACUUUUUGGCGCCGCCGUUUGGGCGCGGAGACGUUUUGGCGCGAGGACGUUUGGGCGCGGGGACGUUUUGGCGCUGGGACUUUUCUUUUGAUAGUUGAGGUUAUCUGCGGUAGCAAUUUAACUGCUCUGCAACUUGAGAGCGAAGACCGGCGCAAUCAAUGGAAAAAAGCGCUUGGCUGCGAACUAGAUGUUAAGCAGUUUGUGUGCCAAUUUCAUUUUUCGGAGGACUCCAUUAAGAAGUCGGACAGGAUUGUUUUGACAGAUGGUACGGUCUAUGAUUCACCAUUGAUCCGGUGGAGAUUGAACGAAGGCGCUGUGCCUAUUUCUCAACAGUGUGGACCGAUGGACUGCGAGGAAAACAACAAUGGGAUUGAGGAAACAGAGCAAGAGAAUAGUGCGUUAGAUGUGAAAAAGGAACAGCUGCAAAUAAGUAAUUCUGUUGUACUUGAUGAAGGAACCGAUACAGCACCAUCUAUACUCACUGAAUCCUGGACGGAACAAGAUGUGGAUAACGUGCAAGGAGCCGUAGAUGCAUUUACGUUGGGAAACCUAAAAGAUGACUUGACGGCGGGACUACUAUCAGAAUCGUGGGCAUGGACUCAGAAGUCAACAGGGCUAAUUUUCACACUUUUAGAUCGAUCGAAUUUACAUCCGCAACUUCAUUUGGAGGUUGCUCUCGAUCUUACUCUAUCAAUUAGAACGAUUACGGACACGGUGAUACCCUUGAAUGAGCAGGCAACAUCCUCAAAUGAUAUCCGUCGCUACAUGAAGAUUUUAAAAAACUGCAUCAUAUGCAGUGGAACCGGCGUCUAAAGUGAAAGUCGAGAUCCGCGAUGCGUGGGUAU